AGCGCAAUGUGAACAAUCCAUAAACUUGGCAGCUUGAUCAGGGAGAUGUGACACAGCUUGUCACAUUCUUAGUUUAUUUCGUGCACAGUGUCUCAAAAUUAAUGACUCAAUGUCAUUUGAAGCGUCUUGACACAGACACCUCGGAAUCAGCAUGACUGAACGAACGCGGGAAUCGUGGCGGGGUGUAAGAAGAGGCGCCAAGUUUGGAGGCUUCCAUCUUAAUUCCGGUAGUUCCGUUACCUGUAUCGCGCUAGCAAUGUAUUUCUUUACACUGGUCAUUUGUGUGCAAGCUGAAGACUGCGUCCUGAUCUCGACGAAAGAUGCAAUCAAGCCUGGUGCAAAAGUGACCCUGACUUGCUCCGCAAUGGCAGCCAGCGUCUGCAGUGCCAUUCAUAAAUUCCUGGACAGGUCUUGUCAAGUGUAUUUGUACUGGGUGCCUCCCACAGGCUUCGACAGUGCCGAGGAAGGGGAGAUAAACACCAGUCCAGACGCCUUAAUGUCCACACUGGUCAUCAACGCAAUGUCAGAACGCUUUGCUGGGACUUACUCUUGUACCAUAAGCUGCCUUGCGUCGUCCUACACCGGCAAAUACAACUUAGUUAUGGAGACCGGCGGCGGCGGACCAGCACGGACCAGCGCCAGGUAUGACGAGACAGAAGAGGCGUUUCAGAUGUGGUACAUUGCAGCUAUAGUGGGAGGCGUCGUGUUCAUCGUGAUAGUGGUCAUCAUUUUUCUGGUGGCGCGCAGAAGGCAGCGAAAUCGGGAGGACACGACCCAGGCAGCAACGCCACCUACUUAUGACGGCAGAACAAAUCCCUCCUAUGAAAAUUCCAACGUGAACAUCCAUAUUUCUUCUACGCCGCAGACUACAAUAAUUGAAAACGGUCAAUCACCGCAGAUUGGAGCACCGGAACAAGUAACCCUGCGACAACCGCCCCAGAGAACCGACCGUCCCCCAUCUUACGAUGACUACCGUGCCUACCCAGUAAUCAGAAGGUUGUCCACCGAAGAGGGGGUGCCUGUCGGCCCUGUGGAGCUAUCACAAAAUUUGUACACUCAGCGUCCGCCUCGUCCGGGAAGUAGAGGCUCUCGUCCAUCUUCGCAGUAUUCCGGUGGAUCUCGUCCCGUAUCGCAGUACUCUGACUUUGAUAUAUCUCUAUAUCAAGACCCUUCGAAUUCUACUGUUGUAUAAUAGGUUUAAGGUUGUAUAUACUCUUUUUCUUACCAUGGUUAAUGCACGUAAAUCACUUGUGAACAGACUGAAAUGAUGGUUUUAUUGUAUAUAACGUGUUAGACAUUUUUGCAGAUGUUAUUAUUUUACGUUUUAAUAAUGCUUCCCAGAUUUAGAAAGUGUCACUUUUCUGUCAAAAACACUUUUAUGAAUCUGAACUCGCCUUGAGGAAAAUUUACAGCAUCACCGUGGAGAAAACCGCAAAAGAAAUGAGGUUUUUAAAGCCUAAGGCUGGACCAAGUUGUAAGCUGUGAUCGAAAGGUUAUUUAAUUUCAUUUUAAUGUAAAAAAAAAAGACAUCACCAAUCAUUGCUUUAAAUAUUGGACGGAUUAAACGUUAUAAAAUGUUUAUUUGUCUAAGUUUUAUUUGACACAGGUUUCAUCAGAUUCUGUGUAUAUAACAUAUACAUGUAUGAUAUGUAGCAUAACGUAAAUUCAGCGUAAUGCAAAGAAAAGGGUAUUUUUUACAAUCUACGACGAAGAAAUUAUAUUUCAUGAUUUAUGCACAUUUAAGAUAUCCUCACUAGUGAACUUCGUACGCCAUUCACAGGUUUUGCAGGUUAUAUCGGCAUACCUAAAUAGAUAGGUAUUUCAAUUGGUUAUUUUUGGGCGGACCAUGUUUUGUUUCCUUUAUCCUGUACUAUGACUACAUCACGAAUAUGGAUACUAGACAUAGGGUCAUACACCAUUUUAAAAAUGGACACUGGUACUCAUUUAAUCGAAAGUGUUGUUAAAUGAACUUAAGUAACAGAACUCACUAAAAUCUUGAAAAUGGAACAUGGGCAAAUAUACUUUCUCACUUUGAAUUGUACAAAAUUUGAUGGAAAAUAAGGCUUUCAUCAUUUCAUUUUCUAUUUUUAAAUUAAAAUUACUUAAGCAAAGCCAAGUAUAUACUGCUGUUCACGUCCGUCUAUUAGUGUUUCUAUGUUAUACAAGUCGUUAUUGUAGACAUUUUCUUAUGCGGUUUAAUGUGUUAUUUUGUUACAGUUGGUGACUGUAUAAAUUGUAUUUUAUCAAAAUACAUGAUUGCAGUGGUUAGCGAAAGUCAACAGAAGUGGAGUUGUGUUUGUACAUUAUGUCUGAGUCCUUUUUUGUAGUUAAUAUGUGAAUCACGUGUUUGACACGCUACUGUUCUAGUGUACUAGUACAAGAUAAAAAACUUAUUUUCAACAACUUUACCUACAUGUACAUCGCCAGCCUCGUCUUUAACGCUUGUGCUGAAGUGUAGAUAUUUAGUUUAAUAAGUAGCGUUUGUAUAUAUAUAUCUACUUUG